AUGAGGAUUACGUGGUUUUUUUUAUUAUUGAUAUCGUUCAAUGUGUGCAAAGAAAAUGAAACCGAUGCAUUAAUAGCACGUAUGAUUGAAGGUGAAAUUAACCUGGGUAUUGAUGCAGGUCUUAAAAUUAUCAAAAUACCAAUCGUUGUAGGAGGAAAAAUCGUUUGGAUAGAUUUACCAAAUCUCGUUUGUAAAAGUCCGAACUACAAAAAUCAUUCGGGGUUUGACCAACCGAUGUUGUGUAUCCUAGGUUUUACCAACAGUAGUCGGCGAAACCUAGGAUUUAUCGUAAAAUCAAAAAGAGCACUCAAAGACUCGUUAAUAUUGUAUACCAAGCGCUACAUCAAUUUUAUGAAAAAGAGUCCAUAUCAUGUGAAAAGAUUCUUGAAGUGGAUUAAAAAACACAUUCAAUACGGUAUACAAUGUACUGAUGUUGGAGACAAUUUGAUGAAAUGUAGAACAAAGGGAGGUUUAUCUAUUAAAAUCAAUAUGAAAAUUUGGAAACAAAUACCAUCAUUUAUACGAGAUCGGUGGAGUAAAGUGAACAAAAUCAGUUUACCUAAAAAGGUCAGAUUUAGUAUAUAA